GAAUAACAUUUUUACCACUCAAUAAUAUCGGUUAAAGAUAUUUUUAGCUCCACAAAAUAGUUCUUUUAAUAGGUAUCAGUCGUCAGAAUGAGCAAACUGGACGACCUCCUGGGCAAGAAGAAGACGGUGGUCCCCGUGCUGGACCUCAGCCGCAGCAACAUCCAGACCGUCGAGGAGUUCAAGCGGCUGCUGGAGAAGGUGCCCGACUACAAGAUGCGGCCGGUGAAGGUGCGCGCCGAGGAGAUCAAGAUCCGGGAGAAGGACUACGCCUUCAAGAUGCCCAAGAAGGAGAUGCGCAAGCUGCUGAGGGCCAACGGGGAGCGGGAGGCGAUGUACGCCUAUGCGGAUCCCGUGCCCAGCGAGAUGAAGGACGUGGUGCUGAUGGAGCUGUGCGCCGUGCCCAUCGACUGGAAGAUGCUGACCACUUUGCGGCCCAAGAACAAGCAGGAGGAGGAGUACUUCAGCCGGAUGGUGGAGAUGGGCAAGCUGGAGCUGAAGACGGAGGCCCGGGAUCGCAGGGAGUUCGCCCUGAACAACUGUGUCAAGAAAAUCAAGAACAAGUCGGGCAUUGUGGAGACGCGACUGAUGACCUGCGAGUCCUGCGGCGAGGAAAUGUGCUGUGGCAAGACUUGCGGCGACUUCAACUACGACCUCUACAUUCGGGUGGAGGCCAGGGUGGUGAAACCCAAGCCCCCCGUGUUGUCCUCCAACAAGGCCAAGUUAAAUGGCCGCAAGAAGUCGUCGGUGGGCGGAACCAAGAUCAAGGUCAAAAAGUCCUCAAACAAAAGCAACUAAAUUGAUAAAGUCUACCUAGCUUUUGUAUCAAUAUUUAUUUGCUACUACACAAAUAUAUUUAACAUAUUUAUCUCAAAAUACAACAAAUACUAGUGGAAUCUAUCGAUUCAAGAGCUUCGCAUAACUGCCACUGGAGCUUUGUUUAUUAACGUAUUCUGUCAUGUGUAGCAUUUGAUAAACUUGAUAAUUAAUCAAUAAUAUUUAUUUUUUUUACAAAAGUAAAGUAAAGGUGUUAAAUGAAAAGAGCCGAGACUUUAACACCACCAAACUGACAAAACCUUAAAACUUUGGCAUUUAUUUUUUAUUAUUAAUAGCAAUUAUUAUUAACCUAUAAAUCUUAAGAAAGCAUUGUAAACCAAUGUAAAACUACAUAUAUUCAACACAUAAUGAAGGCAUUAAUAUAUUUAAAACAUGCUUAUACAUUUUUUGGUAAGUUGUAUGUUUUUUUGGGGGUUUCUUUGUCCGGCACAAGCAGUUCCACUUAACAUCAACACUCUUGGGAAAAAGCUUGAAAAAAUGUUGUAAACUACCAAAGUAGUGACCACUGCUCAAAUGCAAAAUAGUAGAAAUUUC